AUGUUGAGAAAUGGACGCCCAGAAGUUGAAGGUAAAGUUCUAAGAACAUUAGUAACAGAUUUUUAUUACAAUUUAUUGCAUCAAACCGCUAAAAACCAAGAAGAAAAGGCUAUUCUAGAAUCAUUCAACAAACACGAAACAGGUUCACGAAAACUAACAGACACCGAUUUCAAAGUUAAUGAUAGAACCAAAACAGACGAUGAAAUAAAUUUUAGCGAUCUACUGUUGGAAGACAAUGCGUUUAUAGAAGAAACUACAGAGAUGGGACCAAUAGAUGCUUCAGAGGUGGGAGCAAUAGGAGUUACAGAGAUAGAAGCAAUAGAAGCAACACCUACACCAUCCUCCAUGAAGGAAAAAAAUGAUAAUAACAAGCAAGACUUCACUAUUUUGCCCACUCAAGAUUUUAACGAACAUCCAAAAGAUGGAGUUGUGAAUAUGAGCGUGUUUUUAAUAACAGCAUUUUUUCAACCUGGCAGACAACCUCUUAACCACGCAGAUAAACUCACCGUCCCUGUAGCCACACCAAAACCAUUCAUCGAUAAUCAAGCUGAUAUAGAAGAACAGCAGCGCUCGGUUGCAGCCCAUCCUUUUUCCUACUACGAUAGAUCGCUGACCCUUCGUCGAGCUAUGGGUGGUAUGGACGACGGGUAUGCCGAUGAUGACCCCUUUUAUGGGGACAAUGAUAACCCCAACUUUCCUGGUACUCGUAAAGGAGGAGCUACGCCUAACUUAGGAAGCGAAGGACCACCUCCAGAUUACAAAGAACCUGACAUGCCGAGCAAGGGGCCAAAUAGUGAGGGACAGGCUACAGAUUACACAAUUGAUGAGGAACCAGUGCUAAGAAGUAGGCCAGGUGGUAGAAAUGGGCCUGGAGGACCACCCGGAUACGGAGGGCCUGGAGGGCGUCCCGGAUACGGUGGUCCUGGAGGCCCCCCACCUGGAUAUCGAGGGCCUGGAGGUCCCUCACAUGGAUAUAGAGGUCCUGGAGGGCCCCCACCUGAAUAUGGGGGUCCUGGUGGCCCUCCACCUGGAUAUGGAGGAUCUGGAGGGCCUCCACCUGGUUAUAGAGGGCCUGGAGGUCCCCCACAUGGAUAUAGAGGUCCUGGAGGGCCCCCACCAGAAUAUGGGGGUCCUGUCGGCCCUCCACCUGAAUAUGGAGGAUCUGGAGGGCCUCCACCUGGUUAUGGAGGACCUGGAGGACAUCCACCUGGAGGACUUGGAGGGCGCCCGCGUGGCUAUGGUGGGUCUGGCGGGGCCCCACCUGGAUAUGGCGGGCCUGGAGGUCCCCCACCCGGAUAUGGCCGGCCUGGAGGGCCCCCACCCGGAUAUGGCGGGUCUGGAGGCCCUCCACCUGGAUAUAGAGGGCCUGGAGGCCCCCCACCCGGAUAUGGAGGGCCCGGAGGCCCUCCACCUGGAUACGGCGGACCUGGUGCCCCACAAGGAUUUGGACCUGCAGGCCCAAGAUCACAAUCAUACAUGGGUGUAGGAGUUAGAGGUGGACCGUCUUCUCCAGACCUCCUACGCUCUGGACCUGAGGCACUAGAAUAUAGUAUCAAUACAGAGAUACCUCAAAUGCCGUCCCAAAUGCGACCAAGUGCGGUGGUAAGUAGACACAUUAUUGCAUGA